UUCUAAUUGCACAAAUAUGCAUUAAUUACUGAAUGUAGUACUCUUUUAUAAGUAUUAAAUUAUUUGGUGAAAGUUCAGUUGAUUCGCAUACAAAGGAAGCAGCUUCAUAGCCUGAGGAGAAAAAACAAUAAAGUUAUUCGCAAACUUCCCUAAAACUGUGAUGCACGCACACAAAACAUCUGGAGGCGGAGAUCAUAACAAUAGCAGGUUUGUUUUCUGCACAGCCUUAUUUAUAAGCAUUUAAGCGUAAUAAUUAAACACACUCCAUUUAUUAAUGACUUGUUCAAAUAAAUUCAGCUUCCCCCUUUGUUUCCCUCGAGCAAAGAGCGCCAUUUGACUGUACAGACGUCCUGAUUUCACUUGAAUCAAACAAAACUUGAGCUCCUCUGACUCCGAACAUUUCAGUUUAGGAGGAGUUUGCGACUCCUGUUGCUCUCCUAAGACCAAAAACGUUUCGCUCAACCAGAGAGUUGGGCCGGGCUGUAGACCACCAAUUACUGGGAUCCGUGGGGACUUUUGUCGUGCAAAGUCCAGUCUCUUGGCCGACUGAACAUUUUCUAGGAAAUGAGCCAAACUGACCGACAGUUAUCUUGUAGCAAGAUUUGGCCAGAGGGUAAGAAACUAAAAGCAGGCAACACCGCGAGCGCAGCCAGUAUGGCGCUAAAAACUGAAGUAAAUCAAAUCUAUUUAAACAAAAAUUAUACAGGAAUGGGUGCCGGUAGGUUCACUGAAUCCGAUAACGCAAUCUGUUACGGUUCCGGACGCAUUAAUCCUCGAGCCUGUGACAUGGAGACACACUGCUGUCAAACAGCUGCUGCUCAUCAGGAGGAGUUGCUAGACGCUGACUGUCGUGUGGGCGACAGUCGCUCCUUUUCUGCCUGCGCCACAAUCUCAGAAACAGCCAGGGAGCUGUGCAAAGCUGUGUCCGUGUCGCUGGGUCUGACCAUGGAGUCCAACGACAUGAACGACGGUGAUGCUGCUCUCCCACCGUGUGCCGCAAAUGACCAAAUUAGCGGAAAGUAUUUUUGGGGGGUCGACACUGCUUCUCUGAACUGUCCCGGAGCCCAGAAUGCUGCCACCGAGUACAGAUGUCCCGACCGAGAUGACCGGACUCCGCACGGCCAGAAGCAUCCGACGCAAAUGUUCAAAAGUUCAGAAACUACUGCACCUUUUCAUCGCCUCACCUCCACUCGGACCACUGUGAAUGCGCAAAACUUCAUGCUGCGCGAGGCUGAUGACAUAACUUCUAAUGAGCUAGAUCAUCUGGACGCAGCUCGUGCUGUCUCAUACCCUUAUGUUCCAACCGCGCCAUCAGACAACUUGGCACACUUGGGCCAUACGGGGACGGAGACACCGUGCCGAGCUUACAAACCCCCGGAUGGAGCGGGAGACUUCGACAACGCCACGGAAGACAAGCCUGGCAGUUAUCAGCCAGAACAAUACACCGUCAAAGUUAAGUGUGAAGGGAGCGAGUCUGCGGGGUCGUUGUGGGGCAGUAAUUACACCUUCAACAAGAGGUACAACUCGCAAUAUUGGGGACAAAGGCAGUGCACGAGUGCGCAAGACGCUGGGUCGACCACCGCGUUCAUAUGUAAUCCAUACGAGAGGAGCGUCGUGCGUCCUGAACAGUGGUAUCCUGGCGGGAUGCUGAGGGCGCCCCAUCCCAACUCCAACUACAUGAAGAGUGAAGUCGGCGAAUGGCUGGAUGUUGCCUACAACGACACCAGGUUUGAAGCUGGGAGAGAGCACGUAUUUCCCAUGGAGUUCUUCUUUCCUCCUCAGAGGAGCUGCCUGAUCUGUUCGGAUGAAGCAUCUGGCUGCCAUUACGGUGCACUUACCUGUGGAAGCUGCAAGGUUUUCUUCAAAAGAGCUGCAGAAGGCAAACAAAAAUACCUGUGUGCGAGCAAAAAUGAUUGCACCAUUGACAAGCUAAGAAGAAAGAACUGCCCUUCUUGUCGUCUCAAGAAAUGUUUUGAGGCUGGAAUGACUCUCGGAGCACGUAAACUUAAGAAGAUUGGACAGCAGAAAAACCCAGAGGAGGAUCUUCCUGUUCAUGAACCUGCGGAAGCCAUCCACAACCUAUCUCCUCAAUCAGGCCUAAACAUCAACUCCCAGCUGGUCUUUCUCAACAUCCUGGAGUCCAUUGAGCCUGAGGUGGUAAAUGCAGGGCAUGACUGUGGCCAACCAGACUCAGCUGCCAAUUUGCUCACUAGCCUCAAUGAACUUGGAGAGAGACAACUGGUCAAAGUGGUCAAAUGGGCAAAAGGAUUGCCAGGUUUCAGAAAUCUCCAUGUGGACGACCAGAUGACUGUCAUCCAGCAGUCAUGGAUGGGGGUGAUGGUGUUUGCCUUGGGAUGGAGGUCCUAUAAGAACGUCAAUGGCAGGAUGCUUUACUUUGCCCCUGACCUCGUCUUUAAUGAAAAUCGGAUGCACAUUUCCACCAUGUACGAGCACUGCAUGCGGAUGAGACAUCUUUCACAGGAGUUUGUGCUGCUGCAGAUCACCCAGGAAGAGUUCCUCUGCAUGAAGGCCUUGCUACUCUUCAGCAUCAUUCCAGUUGAAGGCCUGAAAAGUCAGAAAUACUUUGAUGAACUUCGCCUCACCUACAUCAACGAACUCAAUCGUCUUAUCAACUAUCAAAUGGCGGCAAAUUGCCCUCAGAGGUUCUACCACCUCACGCGACUCCUGGACUCCCUCCAGAUGACGGUAAAGAAGCUCCACCAGUUUACGUUUGACCUCUUUGUCCAGGCUCAGUCUCUCCACACCAAAGUCAGCUUUCCAGAGAUGAUCGGAGAGAUAAUUUCAGUACAUGUUCCAAAGAUCCUGGCAGGUUUGGCUAAACCAAUCUUAUUCCACAAAUAGAAGGAUUUUUUUUUUUUUUUCCAUCAAAAACUGACAAUUUUUUUGCUGCCUCCAUAAACUUUAACGAAGGCUGUGAACUGUUCCCAUGGAUCUUCAAGAUAAUUGCUUUUAGCCCUGUCCUGUAAUCACUAUUUUCCAUCUAUCCAUCCAUCUUCUUCCGCUUGUCCAAGGUUGGGUUGCGAAGGCAACAGGUUCAGGAGGGAGACCCAGACCCCCACCCUCUUCUAUGACCUGUACAAAGCCCACACUGCUCCUCCUGAACCUGAGGUUUGCCAGCCAGCUGGAGCCUCCUCUCAAAAACCCUGUUUUAUUGUUUAAAUGUUUUGUUUUUUGUUUUUUUGUUUUUUCUCCACCUUUUAGCCAUAAUUGAGAUUGUUUAUUCAGAAAUGGUUUAGCUUUUGUCUAAAGAGCUGUGAGGCCUCACCUGCUGACAGCGCAGCAGUUUGUGAGUGGAGCGUUUUUGUUCUCAAAUGGAGCAGAACGUCUUAAAGUCAAGAUUAAGUAGUGGGGUUAAAAACAGGGAGUUUUGCUUAUGACCUUGUUGAAUCAUGUUAUCAUAAAUUUUAUUCAAAAGACUUCAAAAUGCAGAUUGUAAAUAAAUCACAGAAAUAAACAAGUCCAUGUUUCCCGUCAACUUACCAUUUGUUUUUUUAAUAAUCCCUGCUUUCUAGAAUACCUGCUAAGUUCAUGGAUGUGAAAUGGAAAGUAAUAAAUGCAGUUUGUGAUCUUUUAAGUGCUUAAGUGCCAUAUAUUAAGAAAUAAUAUUUUUCCAUAAAGUUUGGGCCAAAUUUUGGUCUGACAUUACUACAAUUCCAGAGGUAUUACUGUAACAAUCACACUGUUUUUUUUAUUGCAUGGAACAGCUCAGCUCUGCUCUCCCCUACUGGGUCAGCCACAGAGACAGGACACAAAGCUUCCUGGUGUGUGUAGAGGGGUUAUUGCACUCUGCAAUUUUGCAUUUGACUGAGCAGGAAAGUGUUUGGCACCUUUUCAGUGUGCAUAACAACUGUGUGCUACAGAGCUCACCUCAGGUCAGCCUGUUUAAGACAUUACUCCCAGUUUUAAAGUUGUACUCUUGGAUUUGUCAUUUCCACACAUAGUUAUGCUGUCUGUGCACACAGAUGGAUUAUAGGUGUCUUAUUUUUUGCAGUCCAUGUCAACAAAUUUGGGAAUAGUAUGCACAGAUUUGAAAAAAAGAACUUCAGAGAAUGAGAAAGUGUGCCGUUGCUUGCAGGACUUAAUGAAAAGAAUCUCAGUCACUGGUUUCUACAUCACCAUUUAGUAUCAACUCAUUAUUUUGAAUCUUAACUGAGGUGGUAUUAUAGCUGUAUGUGAAAUUGGGAACUAUCUAUAAUGAAGGCAAAAAAAUGAGAAGAAUAAAGUCCACUCGAGCCAAACCUUGUUGUGGAAAAGGAUUCAUGGCUCUGAUGUGGUUAUCCAGUGCUGCAACUGAAAAAUACAAACCUGAUGUUCUCCAUUAUGUAUGAAGUCUAUAAAACUGAAAAAUGACGGCAAUACCAAGACAAAUAUAAAUAGUCCCAAGUAGGACAAAAAUCUGGUUAUCUGGUUUUUAAAGUGUAGUUCAAAUCUAGAAUCAGUUGCAUCUUGGCAACUGGUUUGUUGACACUCAGAUUUAGAAUAAAUUGAUUGCCUGUACACAUUAUUGAUUUUUAAAUUAACUGCACCAUCUGAAUUUGUUUUCUAUUAAUUUUAACCUAAGGCAAGACAAAUUACAAGCAUGAGAUGAAAAAUAUAGUAGUUAAACCAAAAUAGAGGUGUUAACUGAAACCCACAGCCCUAUGUGCACAGCUUUUCUAACACCAUCGCUGCCAGAUAACACUUUGGUGGCAGCAUUAUGUGGUGGGCAGCGACUUGCAGAAGCAAAGAUCCAAAGAUUUGUAGAGACAAGGUAGAAAGUAUAGAACCAAGUACAGGCAAAUGUGGAAAGAGACCAUUAAGAGUGCCAGAGAUCUCAGAUUGAGGCAGUAAUGUUCCAACAGGUUCACAAAUGUAAAGUCAAAGCCUAUUCAAAGCUCCCAGAUGGAGAGUGUGAAAGGCCUGGACCGGCUCUACUGAACCUCACAGAAGAAAACCAGUAAAAAGAAUGUGUGGAAUGCCUUCGAGAUAACUGAUCCCAGGCACUUGAGUUGGAAAGAUUUAUUUCAUGAAAUGAAAUACAGUCAUUAGGUUUUAUGUCAUUUAAAAAAAGAGAAUCUUUGUGGUGAAACUUUUAGUGCAUACAGCUUCAUCAACAGGAUACAGAUCUUAAUUUUGGCUGAAAAUUGUACUGAAUUACGAAGUUGAGAACGUGUAUCAAGUCGAUGGAUCUGUCUGAUCAGAGCAGCAGCUUUGAGUAAGUGACCUAGAAGUGUAGUGGACUGUGAAGUAUUUACAUUCAUUUUCUCUGUUUAUCCUGAAAAAUAAACAGUUGUGACUUCUGUAGUGCUCACUAAUUUUCUACUGCAGUUUAUCCAACUGUACAAUUUAACACUUUCUAACUGUUCAAAAAUAAUUUUGCAAGCUUGUAGAUGCAUGCAUCAUGUGUUUUUAUAAGUGUAUGUGUACCUUUUAGUUUCAUAGAGCAUGGACAUUCUGUAUUAUCCCUUCAAUAAUCUGUUUAUUGUGCCCUGACCAGUGGCCAUCAUUCUUUAAUGCAUGGGACACUUAUCAGAAGGUAUGAUUUUUUUUUUGUGUGUGUUGCACAUUUUUAAGUGGACUUUAACAGUUAGUUUCACUUUGUCAUUGUAACAGAUAAAUUAAUAAGCCUAAGUGGUUGUGUUAUGUCACCUGCAGAAAGGAAUGUGUUCAUGUCCUAGCUUAUCUUUUUAUACAGUGUUAGCUAUGUGAGAGGGAAAGGACAAAUCUAGUAGCUAUUGACAACUACAAAAGAUCCAUGCAGUUUAUUUAAUUUUAUCCCAGCACUUGAAUACAUAAGUGUGGAAACUAUGAAAGGGUUCAAUCAAAGCAUAACGCGAACACAAGUAACAUAUUGUGAUGUGUAAGAACAGCAAACUGAUUUCAAGUUGCAGAAUAUUCAUGCCUUCUGCUUUUGAUCAAAUGCUCAUAAAUCAUUUCAAUAUCUCUUAAAUUUCUGAAUGCACUAAAUUGUUAGACUGUUGCAGCUGUUUUCUGUAGUUAAACUAAUGACUAAAUGCCAUUUUAGCUUUGUAAUGCUCCACACUGGGAAACAUUAAGGCAUUGUCUGCUUCACACGCAUCAAUGGGCCAUGCAGAUUCUUCUGUAAAUUUUUAAUUCAAACAUGAUUUCUGAAUAGUUUAAGGUGUUUUAUUAUUGUUGUUUGUUUUGUGUCAGUAGAAUAACAGAUAUGUGCCCACUGUACUGCAUAUUAUCAAAGCUUCUUGUACAUGCUCUAGUAACUGUAUAUAUUGAUCACUUGUCUGUUUUGAUGUUGAAACACUUGACUUUCUAAUUAAUCUCUUGUAUGAUUUAUAUCUUUUGUGACAUGUGUUUUUCUGAUGUGUUUUUUCAAGGAUGCAAAAUUGCAUCACAUUUUAAAGAGAAUUAAAAUAAUUCCGCCUCUAAAA